GCCUGCUGUUCUGAGGAGUUCUGAAGACUUCGCUGUGCUAAUAAAGAACAACGUUCACUUCCCAAAAUUUAAUUAUGCCAUUUGUCUCUUCCUCUUUUUCAAGACAUUAAUGGUGAUGUGUGUGUCCUAAGUUGAGGAGCCAGAUAUUACCUUGAUAAAGAAGCCUCUGAAAACAAGCUUGCAGCAUGCUCAAGGCAGUAUUGCUGAGAGCCACCCUGUGAAAUUCUAUGAUGCUGCCAGCUGCUGCACCAAUGAGUCCAACGAGGACCAUGAUAAUGAAGAAUACGGCACCUGUGACUGCCAGAAGUGGUGCUGCUGUGGCAAAUGCCAGCCAGCACAGAAAUACUACGAGCAGCAAUGCUGCCAAAGGAAAACAGGACAGUGCCUCACGACUUCCCAUUGGUUUCAGCAGCUGGUGGUGUCCAGGCACACCCUGACGAAAGCCCUUCUCUACAAAGACCCCUUUCUGGACUUAAGGGAUGGCAAUAUCAACAACCAACUGCAUCACCUCGCGUACAAGCAGUACGUUCACUGGUGCCUUGGCUCUUUUGAUCUGGAAAACAGAGCCAUCGUCCCAAGCUUCUGCAGAUGGAAAAUCAGAGAUGCAUAUCCCAAAGCAGUCAACAACUAUACUGGUUUUAAGAUGGAAGGAGGAUGUAGCACAACUUGA